UGUUCGAUCCCUUAGGAUGGAAGGCGCAAGGCGCAACAGGAACCGUUGGAUGAGGUUGAUAUAUGAGAGAGUAGGUGUAGCAUUGAGGUUUCUUUUCCUUCUGUUGGUUUCUUUCAGUGGCGACACACCCGCAGCCGCAGGCUCCAUUCUCGAGACUGCUUGGGUUCCAUGGAGAAGGACUUGGUCGAAUUGUACCAGGCCGCCAAGAAGGCGGCGGACGCCGCGCUCUCCGCCGACGCCGACGCCGACGAGGGCAGAUGCAUCGACGCGCUCGACCAGCUCAAGAAAUUUCCCGUCAAUUAUAAGAUUCUCGUCAACACACAGGUGGGCAAACAUCUGAAAGUUCUCACAAAGCACCCAAGGCAGAAUAUCCGGGCCUUUGCUAUUGACCUAAUUGAGAUAUGGAAAGGUGUAAUUAUCAAAGAAACAAGCAAAAACAAAAAUGGGGGCUCUGAUAGUAAGGUUGAGUCGACUAAUGGGGAGAGGGCUAAAGCUGGGAAAAUGCAAAAGAGUCCUUCAAUUAAGGUUGAAAAAGGUGAACCUGUCAAGGUUGAGAAAAUUGAUAGGAAUGGUACACCAAAGUCAAGCUCAGAAAAUAUAAAGAAGAUGCAAAAUGAUGUCAAGAAUGAGAAAAUUGAUUGUGCUGCAAAUGUCAAGGUGGAAAAGAUAUCCAAGGAUGAAAAGCCUGUUUCUGGAGCAAAGAAAAUGUCAUCCAGUUCUGCCGCUCCUCCAAAGCUGAAGACUAUGAUUAAAUCUAAUGAUGCAACGCGAGACAAAAUAAGGGAACUUCUCCAUGAAGCUUUAUCCAAGGUCUCUGGAGAGGCUGAUGAAGAUCUUGCAGAUGUUGUCAAUUCUGCUGAUGCUAUUCGUGUUGCUGUGACAGUGGAGUCUGUAUUGUUUGAAAAGUGGGGUCCUUCAAAUGGGGCACAUAAGGUCAAGUAUAGGUCCUUAAUGUUUAACCUAAAGGAUUCAAAUAACCCUGAUUUCCGGAGAAAGGUUCUGCUUGGUGUAGUUGAGCCAGAGCAGCUAAUCAACAUGAGUACAGCAGAAAUGGCUAGUGAGCAAAGGAAGCAGGAGAAUCAGAAAAUCACAGAGAAAGCUUUGUUUGAAUGUGAGCGUGGAGCUCAACCAAAAGCUACAACCGAUCAAUUUAAGUGUGGCCGAUGUGGUCAAAGAAAGUGCACCUAUUACCAAAUGCAGACUCGCAGUGCUGAUGAACCUAUGACAACCUAUGUCACUUGUUGUGUCUGCAAUAACCGUUGGAAGUUCUGUUAGUGCAGUGGUGACUGGUGAGUCCCAAAGAGCUGCUAUCAUUUGUUACUGAUUUAGCGUAUGAAGGUGGGAGUGUCACUAUGGUUCCGAAUUGUAGUCGUGCCAGAAUUUUCUAUCAGACUGUUACAUGUAGAAAUUUUUUAGGCAGGAAAAUGUACUUUUUUUUUUUUAAUUCUUUUUCGGUUUUAACUGAAGUUUUCGCAUUACUUUAGUUUGCUGUAAUUUAUAAUUUCAUCUCUUACAAAAUUGCACCAAUGUUUUCUGAGGUUUUAUUUCGUCA